AUGUUUGUUUGUUUGUUUACAACUACACAAACCUAUUCAACUUACUCUCUUACUCUCACUCUCUCUCUCUCUCUCUGCUCUUCCUAUCAUUACUAUAGUAAAAAGAAUUCAAGGAAUAGAAAUCUAUUAGGAUUGGAUGAUAUAAAUGAUGAUGAUACUCAAGCAGGUGCAUCCUCUUUUAGCUCUGAACAGAUGGUUGAACAAAGAAAUGAUGAUUCAGGGCAGUUACUAAAAGAAAAGGUCGAAACAUUAAAGAGAAUUAGUAUAGAUAUAGAAUCACAAGUUAGAGAAAGUAAUAGUUUAUUGGAUGAUUUGAAUUUAGAUUUAAAUAAUGCAAGAGCACUUUUAUCAAAUACGAUGAAGAAACUAAGUGAUUUGGCACAAACAGCAACAAGUCGUCAUAUGCUUUACUUGGUGGCUUUUGUUGUUUUGGUGGAAAGAAGACGUCAUAUUAGUCCAUCUUCAAAGAUGAACGACCGAUAA